AAAUUCAAAAAAUUUACAAUGACCUUAAUGAUCCUCUUAACCCACCUGAAGAUUUUAUUGUAGAUAGAGAUGAUAUCUUCUUCAAAAAUGAUCAAACGAAUUAUGUCCCUAGAGAGAAAUUUUCAGAGCGCAAAAGACUCUUUGGAAGAGAGAAGCGUCUUGAUAAAUAUUUUGAAGUUCCCAACGGAGGUGUCGCCGAUAAUCCUCCAAUAGAUGUUCUAGGUGCUUCAGCUCACUAUAAGCCACGUGGAGGAGGAAAACCCUCGGCACCUGGUAUUGCUAUAUAUCCAAGUUUGAGUAUCAUUCCGAAACCUCCAACUCCAGCUCCACCUCCACAAUGUGGACUAAGAAUUCUUAGAGCUCCUCGUAUACCUUCCCGACAUCGCGAAAUUCCCCCAGUUGAUAAAACGGUUGAUUCCGUCAUAUCAGAUUUUGUUCCUAAUUUUCCUAGUCUUAAUGUAAAUUAA